UCAGUCUCUUUUAGUCUAUCCAGUAGACACCAUCAUUUAUUUGCUUGAAACAUUCAGUGCAACGUGGUCGAACCGCGUGGCCUAAACUGGACAAUCUGGCUUAUAACGACAUUUAAAGCCAUCGCCACGGCCAACACAAGCGCUGGCACGAGUAAUCAUUCAUUCACUCGUAAGCGCCGCGGUAAUGUCGGGAAGUGACAGCCCAACGUUUUUUCACGGCCAACCAUGGUCCAGCUGGAUCGAAAGAAUUGGUCGAGACAAACCAUUGAGUGAUGAGGAACCAGACGCGGAACCAACAAGCUCCGUUACACGACUCUCAGCCGAUGACAUUGAUCUCUAUGGAUUUUGCCCUGAAAGAGAUACCUUCUAUGGGGUCGUUUGUGAAAUUUGCAAUGCCAUUGUUAAGCCACAGGCUCUUAUCCAACAUAUGGAGAGCCGGCAUUCAUCCACAGCAUCAAAUUUACCCCCACCAUCCACACCAGCUUCGAAAACCACCGUGAAAACCCCAUAUUGCAAAGUUUCGAAGCUCACCAAGAAAACACAACCGUCGUCACAACCUUCCUCAACAGGAAGUUCCAGUUCUGGGACUAACAACGGCUCCAACCAAUCAAGUAGCACAAAAAUUAACCACGCGUCUAUCAAAAGGAGUGCUGAGCAAGCAAACGUCCAGCCACUUCUGCCCACCUCAUCACCGCGUUCUCCGCUCGAGUCAGUCCCUGUCUCAUCAGCAAAUUCUUCAACAACAACAGGGGUCCCGUCGAGUCCUGUCAAAAGUCCCGGAAGUAAUGGAAACGCCAGCGGGAAUAGUAACAAUGGGUCAACGAAUACGCAACAGCGGAGGAAACGUCUUAAAGCAGACCGCGGGCUCCUCAAAGAUCGGGAAUACGAUCCCGAUCGUCACUGCGGGGUUUGGAAUGAAGAAACGGGCAAACCCUGUACCAGAUCCCUCACCUGCAAAGCACACACGGUCUCGUUGCGUCGGACAGUCAUCGGUCGGAGCAAAAGCUUCGACAAGUUGCUCGCAGACCAUCGUGCUGCGAAGGAGUUCCCGAAUAGGACGUCGAAAGUAACUGUCACUGGAACUGUCACGGUCUCUACAGCGUCAACUGGUUUAGGGUCUACUGGUUCUCUAGGAGCUGAACCCGAUGCCCCUGGCUCUCCACCAGUUCUAUCUCUACCAGAUUCAUAUCCACUGCCAAAAGCUGUUGAUUUGCUUUAUCGGUGUCUGGCCCCGCAUGGCUCCACUAAACCUACUAAACUGGAAGAGGAUUUUGUGAGUGAGGAAAUGAGACUGGAAGCAUCAUUGUCAGGCCCGCCAACAUCAUCAUCAUCAUCAACAACGCCCUCAUCAUCAGCUAAAUCGAUGAUGGCACCGAUCUCAGUCGUUCUACCAUCGUUAUCACCAAUUUCUACCAAUGAUUCGCACGUUGCUACACUCAUUCCAGUCACCUCAACGACUUCAGUUGCUUCAACACCACUGCCAGCACCAGCAGCUGAACUUCCAGCUACGGUUCUUGAAGGAGAGACACCAGGAGAUGUUCCAGACACCAAAAUGGGUCUUUUCUCACCAGUGUCGAUGUUUAAAGACUCUAAAACAUCAAAUAUUAUUCAGAUCUCACGAUCUAACCAUUUAAUCCAAUCUCCAGUGUCUAGGAGCUUUCAAACUCAAGCAUCGAUGCCCAGUCUGGUUUUCGAUGAUCAGAUAGACCAUCCAAAGCAGCUAGCUAAUGGGACAAGAUUCAAUAAUCAUAACAAUCUUUUAUUGAGCCCAAUUGGACGGCCCAUUAAAAGGAGCAAGCACGACUUUCAACCAGAAUUCUCAAAAGCCAUUCAAGUAGAAGCUACUACAACUUCAACACCUUAUCCACACUUUAGCGACAUUGCUUGGUCUAAUUGUCAUCCAGAACCACUUGCUGUUAGUCGUUGGCUUCGUAUUACCUCCAGCCGUAAGCAGUACAACUUCAAUAUUCACUGACAUAAAAUCCCACCCACUCCGGGCUGAGGACUCGAACGUGUAGCUGAUGAUGAUCGAAUGCCUUGCUUGCUUCUCCGCCAGUUACUUCAAUGUCGAGUCCAAAACCCGUCGAGUGGGGCCACUAACAGUAGCAACUAAUUGUCUAACUCACUUUACGUAUCUUCCAAUUUACGUAAUUUAGUUAUAGGUUUUUUUAUUUUUAAUUCAGUUAUUGUUAUUAUUUUUAUUCUUUAUCACACUUAUCAUUUGUCAUCACUGAUAUCAUUACUCAUUUAUAUCACCAUACAUUUUUCACAACUACUCUAUGAGUUUAAUAUUCCAUUUUUUUGGUAAUUUUUUUUUAUCAACAAAUAACAGCAUGAUUCAAAGUAGUGUACAAUAAUUAUUUCAA